CAUUAUGGAAAAUCUGUUUAAUUAAAAUGAAUAAAACUAAAUGCAGCAUUAAUUAAUGUGUGUGUGGUCCAUUUUGUAUAAAGAAAAAAGCAGCUUAGUUUCCUCCACUUCAUCACAAAAGAACAAAAGCAAUGGUUCAAACAUUUUAUGGCCAAAAUACUUUUAAAUAAUUGAGUUUUUCAGCUGACAACCAAAAACAAAGAAUAUGACUAAAAUAUUGUAUAUUUUUAAAAAUAAUAAUCAGUGUUAUUUUGUAAAUGUCCCAGUCUCUAAGUGACCCAGACCUGGAGGAUCUUCUACAACACAGCCAGGAAUCAGAUGUAUUAAAUAUGCACAAACAUCCAUACGAUAAAUGUUCUGUUGAUGGUACAAAGCAUCAGGCAUAAGGACCACAACACCACAACAUCAACAGGUCACCAGGGGGCAUGUUUAAUUGUAAUCAGAACUAUAACAACAAAGAAAAAAGAUUCAAUUCAAUUAAAAAAUACUUUAUUAAUCCCAGAGGGAAAUUGAUUGCUGUAGUAGCUCAGAAUAAUAAUAAUAAUCAAGUCAUCAAAGAGUUGUUGUACAUUACAACGGCUGUUGGCAGGAAGGAUCUCCAGUAGCGGUCAGUGUUGCAGCGAAACUGAAGAAGCCUCUGACUGAAGACACUCUUCCGUUGUCGGACAGUCUUGUGAAGAGAAUGCUCAGGGUUGUCCAUCAUUUUCUUGAUUCUCUGGAGAAUCCUCCUUUGCAUUAUCUCCUCCAGUGGUUCCGAAACAGCCGAAACUCUGGCUGAGUCCUUGAAAGGGCUUGGCUCUAUCAUCAAGCCAUACGACACCUCAACCACAACACCUAAACACACACAACACAGGACCCAGAAGCUACCCUGCAGCUUCACAAGUACUAUAUUUAAUCCGUACUGGUCACUUCACUUUAUUGUUAUUGUAAUUUAUAUCCAAAGUGCAACACUGUAAUCUAUAUCCUGCAUAAUUUAUAUCCUGCAAUACUGUAAUUUAUAUCUAAAGUGCAAUACUGUAAUUUUCUGCAGCUCAUUCCUGUGCAAUAUCCCAUCUGCCCUCCCGUCAUAUUUCUUUUCAGGAUUUUCUUUAUUGACACAUAUAUAUUUAGUCAUCUUUUCCCUUUUACCAUGUCUCUCUAAUAUUUUGCUCCUUACUAUAUUUUUUUGCUUUAUUUUAUUAUAUUUUAUUAUAUUUUCUCCUGUAUCAUGUUGCUGAGAGACCGCUGCUCGUCAUACACGUUUCAUUGCAAUGUUGACCCUGUGCUAACUUGCAUAUGACAAAUAAACUAAAACUGAACUGAAACUGAACUGGAGUUCCUCCAUCUUGUUGGCCAGUGAUCUCACAUUGCCCAUUAUGAUCGAUGGCAGAGAUGGUUUGAAUUUCCUCUUUCUCUGUCUCCGUUUUGCUCCCGCUCUGCAUCCACGCUUUUUACGUUUUAGCUCAUUUGGGAUUUGAGGCUUCAGUUGAGGUAUUAUUUCAGCCUUUCCAAUGUUAAUCAGCUGCUCUUGAUGUUAAACCAGCUUGUUGCCAUGGUUACGCAUCAUAACAAAUGUUCAAAAAGUGAAAAAAGCUAAAAAAAUAGCAGUAAAAAUCCUCCAAGCUUCACAGCACCAGAAACAGAAAAGUAAAGUGUCCAACAAAUACAGUUUUUCUUGAGAAACUAGAAGAAAAAAUGUCCAAGAAAAGGCAUAACUUACAUAUAUUCAACAGAGCUACUCCAACAUGCAGCCGCCCAGAGCAGCGCAGUUCCGGGGAAAAAAAAAAAAUAAUGAUAAUAAUAAUGGUCAGGGAAACGGAAUCUGGCAGCAUCAGCUUCCUUUGAUGAUGUCAUAAAGGGGACAGUCCUAUAUAAAGGGCAAACAUAAAGCAGGCACACAGACAGCUUCAUUUGCAGAUUGGUUUUAGACCUGAACAGACCUACAAUGGCUACUGGUGGACCACACGAGGGAAACAUGGAGGUAUUUUCAGACAUAUAUAAAGCUGAAUUAGACCAAAGGUAUGAGCUUUUACAAAGAGAAUUACGAGAUCUGGAAGUCAAAAAACUAGUUUUUGGUAACCAGGAACGCGACUUUGAACAAAGGGUGGAUGCGUUUGAGAAAAACAUAGCUCACAUCAGGGAAAGUCUCCAAGAGGAAAAACAGAAAUUGGAAACAAAAACGCAGGAUCUAGAGAAAAGAGAAUGCCACUUUGAGGAUCAACAAAAGAAACUAACGAAUCAUGUUGAUGAACUAACGACGAACUCUCAGAAAGGAAGAGAUAAUUUUGUUUCAACUCAGUUACUCGACGAACACAGAGUAAAGAUUGAGCUGGAAAACAGGGAACUGCAGAAACAAAGACAAGAAAUUCAAGAUGAGUGGAAUAAGAUUAAAGAAACUCAAAUUGCAAAUUGUGAGAUGGCCAAAAACUUGAAUAAGACACAAGAGAAAGUCGGAGAUUUAUGGAAAGCUUUACAGGUAAGCAAAGAGAGAUCAACAGAAGAAAUUAAUAACUUGAAAAGAGAUCUGGAAAGACAGAAAUUAGAGUUUAUCGAAUCUAAGGAACAAACAGAAAGGGAGUUAACUGCAGAAAAGCAGGCUCUCCGCGAUGAGAAGGAGCGUUUAAACGCUGGUAAAAUUACUCUACAGAACCAGAUCGUUGAGUUUCAGACUGAAUCAGAGCAGAUCCGACAGAUUCUGCUCAAAGACAAACUAGAUGUUCAACUUCUGAGAGAAAAUCUGCAGGAGGACAAAUUGGAGGUAAUGAAAACAGCAGAAGGGUUCCUGAAAGAUUUCAACGAAAGUUUACAGGAUUUGAAGGAGAAUCUGGAAAUUCUGAGUCUUGAGAAGAGAAGUCUGGAGGAAGAGAAACAACGUUUCCUGAUGACCAAGUCAGAAUCAGAGAAGGAACAAGGGAGGAUUUACAAAAUCCUCGAGGAAGAAUUAGACAAUUUGCAUUUGGGAAAACAAAGUCUGGAAACACAAGUGAUGGACUUUAGGGAAGAAAUUGCUGCAGCAGGUAAGAUCUUAAAAGAGAAGGAAACUGCUCUAGAAGAAGGGCUGGAGGGUCUGAGACUCCAGAGAGAAACUCUGGAGGAAGAAAAGACAAAUUUCCAGUUAACAAAGUUCAGAUCGGAAGAGGAGAAUAAGGAAAUACAGGCUUACCUCCAACAAGAGCUGAAAAAAUUACGAGUUGGGCAACAGAGUCUAGACAAACAGAUGAUGGAGUCUGAACAGAGAGAUGUAAAUUCAGAGCAGAUCAUUCAAGACAUUCAACGGGUUCUUCAGGAAGAGAGAGACUGUUUAGUAACGCUCCGACAAAACGUGGAGGAAGAGAAACAACGUUUCCUGAUAACUAAGUCAGAAUCAGAGAAGGAACAAGGGAGGAUUUACAAAAUCCUCGAGGAAGAAUUAGACAAUUUGCAUUUGGGAAAACAAAGUCUGGAAACACAAGUGACGGACUUUAGGGAAGAAAUUGCUGCAGCAGGUAAGAUCUUAAAAGAGAAGGAAACUGCUCUAGAAGAAGGGCUGGAGGGUCUGAGACUUCAGAGAGAAACUCUGGAGGAAGAAAAGACAAAUUUCCAGUUAACAAAGUUCAGAUCGGAAGAGGAGAAUAAGGAAAUACAGGCAAAAGAGCUGGAAAUAUUCCAAAUUAGGCAACAAACUCUCAUCAAACAGAUGACGGACUCUGAAGAGAGAAACAUAAACUCAGAGCAGGUCAUUCAAGACAUUCAACGGGUUCUUCAGGAAGAGAGAGACUGUUUAGUAACGCUCCGACAAAACCUGGAGGAAGAGAAACAACGUUUCCUGAUAACUAAGUCAGAAUCAGAGAAGGAACAAGGGAGGAUUCACAAAUUCCUCCAGGAAGAAUUAGAAAAUUUGUGUUUGGGAAAACAAAGUCUGGAAACACAAGUGACGGACUUUAGGGAAGAAAUUGCUGCAGCAGGUAAGAUCUUAAAAGAGAAGGAAACUGCUCUAGAAGAAGGGCUGGAGGGUCUGAGACUUCAGAGAGAAACUCUGGAGGAAGAAAAGACAAAUUUCCAGUUAACAAAGUUCAGAUCGGAAGAGGGGAAUAAGGAAAUACAAGCAAAAGAGCUGGAAAUAUUCCAAAUCAGGCAACAAACUCUCAUCAAACAGAUGACAGACUCUGAAGAGAGAAACAUAAACUCAGAGCAGGUCAUUCAAGACAUUCAACGGGUUCUUCAGGAAGAGAGAGACUGUUUAGUAACGCUCCCACAAAACCUGGAGCAAGAUAUACUAGAGUUUAUGGAAAAAAGGGAAGCAGAAACUCACCUUUUAAAGGAGAAACAACAAGCUCUGGAAGAAGGGGUUGAACUUUCGACUCAAGAUGUAAUUAAUUCUUUAGAAGCGAGAAUGGACGAAAUUGACAGACAUGUUGGACAAUGUUUCCUGCUUCUUCAAGAGGAAGAGGGGCAUUUAGGACAGAUUGGGCAGGAGCUGGAAGCAGCAUUUUUAAAUGUCGAAGACGAGCUGCCACCUGUGGAGGACGAGUCAGACAGUCCCACAGCUGCGUCUGAAGAUCUGGGGGAACUGAGUUUAGAAAAAACUGUGACUACCCAGGUACCCAGUGACGGGAACCCAACUCUUCACAGUCCUCAUGAUGAUGAUGAUGUCAGGGAACUGAGUUUAGAAAAAACAAAGACAAAUUCAGAAGAGGAGCAUAAAGAAAAGUAUGAAUGCUUCCUAGAUGAGUUCCAGUAUUUAGAAGCUGGGAAUCAGAGUUUAGAAGAACAGAAGAUGGACUCUCAAGAGAACGAAAAAGAUUCAGCCCAGAUUCAUCAGGAGGCGCAAACUCUGGCUGACCAUGUCUUGGGAACUGGAUACCUGUUAGGUACCCAGUACCUUGGUACCCAGCAAUGGGUUAGAGGGCACUUGUUACUUGGUACCCGAUACAGGGGCCCUGGCUACGCAGUAUGUCCUCAUAAUGAUGAAACACAAAUGAUUGAACUAAGGGAAGAAAUGCAGAAAGCAUAUUUAAACGUCGAAGACGAGCAGCCACCUGUGGAGGACGAGUCAGACAGUCCCACAGCUGUGUCUGAAGAUCUGGGGGAGCUGAAUUUAGAAAAAACAGUGACUACCCAGGUAACCAGUGACGGGAACCCAACUGUUCCCAGUCUUCAUGAUGAUAAUGACGAGCUUCCAGAGAACCCCGGGCCUGCCCAUGAGAGCGCUGAAGAAGACUGGGAAGCUGAAGAGCCAACGCCUUCUACAUCUGGCCUAGGAUCCAGCUGGGACUAAUCCGACUUCUACUAGAGACGUCUUCUUCCAGAACACCAAUGAAGAUCAGAAAAGCAUAUAAAAGUGAAGUAGGGAGCUUGGCAUGGGUUUAGAUUUUUUUAAACUAGGAAACAGAGAAUUUGAAUCAGGAAAACGUAAAAUUUUCAGAGAGAAGAAACUGAAUGGGUGAGAGAGUAGAUGCUGCAAACCUGCAGGAACAGGAUUGCAGGCAGAGGAAAUAAUACGAGCAGCCAAUCUAAAUUUAGUAAGUAGUAACACACAGUAACACGAGGGAUUAAACAAAGGCUCAAAGUUUAGAAGAGCAGAAAAUUAACCUGUAGUUCUUCAAGAGCUUCUGCAGGAGGAAAUAGGAAUGGGUUAAAGAUUUUAGCUCUAACAAUUACGCUUAUCAGAGCUUCUAGUUUCCGUAGACUAAGAGUCAAUACCUUAGAUGGGUUGGCUCUUGAUUUAAAAUGCCACUACAUUAGAGAGUAUUUACACUAUGUGUCUAGGAUGUAGAUUCUUCCACCACCAGGUACUAAAAUACAAACGAAGAAAAAAAAACGCAGCACAGGUUACAUCUCAACCGAUCAAAUCAUUUCUGUGUCUUCCGUGUGCUGCGUGGGGGUUUUCUCUGGGUGCUCCAGUUCACCCCCAACACAAAAUCCUAAAAUCCUGACACGUUAAGCCUAAUUUAUACUUCUCCGUCAUCGCCACGAGGGAGAGGUAUGCUCGCACGGAUGGAGACAAUUUGCCCUCAGACUUCUCCGUCUCCUGGGGAGUGUUGCAAAGCAAUUCCCCGCUAGGACAUUUAACCCUGAAAAUAAGUGGGGCCGACUGGAGCUAUCCGAGCAAGGCCGACCAGGUACAGAUGGGAAUGGCCCAUAAGAGUCAAUACCUUAGAUGGGUUGGCUGUUGAUUUAAAAUGCCACUACAUUAGAGAAUUUUUACACUAUGUGUCUAGGAUGUAGCUUCUUCCACCACCAGAUACUAAAAUACAAACGAAAAAAUUACCAAAAAAAACACAGCACAGGUGACAUCUCAACCGAUCUAAUCAUUUCUGUGUCUUCCGUGUGCUGCGUGGGGGUUUUCUCUGGGUGCUCCAGUUCACCCCCAACCCCAAAUCCUAAACUCCUGACACGUUAAGCCUAAUUUAUACUUCUCCGUCAUCGCCACGAGGGAGAGGUAUGCUCGCACGGAUGGAGACAAUUUGCCCUCAGACUUCUCCGUCUCCUGGGGAGUGUUGCAAAGCAAUUCCCCGCUAGGACAUUUAACCGUCUCAGGCUCAAAAUAAGUGGGGCCGACUGGAGCUAUCCGAGCAAGGCCGACCAGGUACAGAUGGGAAUGGCCCAUAAGAGUCAAUACCUUAGAUGGGUUGGCUCUUGAUUUAAAAUGCCACUACAUUAGGGUUGUAGCGAAGCCUCGACGAAGUCGACGGCUCGAUUCUAAAAAUUUGUCGACGUCAGAUCCAGAAGUCGACGCACCGCGCCCACUUGUUGCAUCCCCAGGAGUUUGUAAAUAGAGGAGGAAUCUGCCCGUUUUUCCUCUAGUUCGCCCUCUUCUCCGCCUUCACUAACAUCUCCGCCAAAUACCGAAGACACGGAACAACGUCCGUCCACUACUAGAUUAUUUUCCUGUUUUGCCCCUUCGUCUCCUGGCAACGGACAACAACUUCCGGGGUCAGAUGCGCUGCUUCGUGUCUAUCGCAGAUGUAGAAAAUCACCGGGAGCGCUUCUCCCUUCAUUAAGCGUUGGGAUAAGCUGUUACGUUUUGGUUUAGAGUUCAUCUUUUUUGUGGUGUAGAUCUCCCUUUUAUUACAUUUAGAGUGUUGUGGGUUUUCGGUUUAGUGUAAAAUAUCACCUGAGUUUGGUUUAACCCGUAACACCACUCGCCUCACGCACAUAAGUGACCAAAACAAAGCAGCAUGGAGACACUCCAUCUUCUACCACCUCUCAGGCAGCAGCCUGCACUCCCAAGUUCUACACGUCACCAGAACAUAACCAACCGCAACACAAUAAAAGCAGUGUUAUACAGAAUGGAAGGCCUGUAGUGUUUAUUCUCUUACAGUAAGAAUUUAUCAAUUUUUUUGAGGAAUUUAUUUGAGAUUUUCUGGUUUUUGUUAAUUGAGCAAUAGAAAAAUAAUCAUUAGAUUAAUUUUCUAUUAUUUUUCUAAAUAGUCAUUAGAAUAGUCGACUAUUCGAUAAAAUAAUCGUCAGAAUAAUCGUUUUAAAAAUAAUCGUUUACCCCCAGCCCUACACUACAUUAGAGAAUUUUUACACUAUGUGUCUAGGAUGUAGCUUCUUCCACCACCAGAUACUAAAAUACAAACGAAAAAAUUACCACAAAAAAAAUGCAGCACAGGUGACAUCUCAACCGAUCUAACCAUUUCUGUGUCUCCGUGUGAUGCGUGGGGGUUUUCUCUGGGUGCUCCAGUUCACCCCCAACCCAAAAUCCUAAAAUCCUGACACGUUAAGCCUAAUUUAUACUUCUCCGUCAUCGCCACGAGGGAGAGGCACGCUCGCAAGGACGGAGAAAAUUUGCCCUCAGACUUCUUUGUCUCCAGGGGAGUGUUGCAAAGCAAUUCCCCGCUAGGACAUUUAACCCUCUCAGGCUCAAAAUAAGUUUUGAUAAAAG